AUGAAGCUGCUGCACAUCCUCUGCGCUCUCCUGACAAACUGUGCCCUGAUCUGGGCUGCCAGUGAGGAAGGAUCCGCCUCGAGUGAACAUGGACGGGACUCGAGGCUCCCAAAGCAGAAUCAGCAUAAUCCGCAUAGCCAGCAUAAUCCGCACAGUCCGCACAAUCAGCAUAGUCCCGGAUUCAAGCUGAUUUCCUUCGACGCUGUGGGCAAGCACGUUGCCUUGGGAUUGGACUACCUGGUGCCCUUCCUGGAGGUGCCCGUCAAGCGGAAACGCAAUGCACCACCAAAGCCCCUGGUCAUAAUCAAUUCCGCGGCCGUGCUCAGCUGCGGACUCGUGGCAGCCGGGGGACUCCUCGUUGGACACCUGAUCCGCAGCAUGGGUCUGGAGGCCAUCACCGAGGAUGAGCCCCCCACGAGUGGGAGGCCAAAGUCCUCGGAGGAGGAAGCACCGGCCACAUCCGACGCCGGGCACAAUGCCACGGCUCGCGGUCUCUUGGACAAGGACCGGAGCUUCCUCGAGUUGUUCGAGAAUUUCAAGCUCGUUUACCGCAACGAAACAGGCGAGCGAGUGGGUAGCAGCCUUCCGAGUGUGAUCAGCACAGUGGAGCGAGCGUACUUCAAGAACGAGGUCGAUCUCUCCGCCUGCCUUCUCAAGUCCCUUUGCACGCUGACCUUCAAGGCGAGCGACAGGGUGCGGAGGAGCCAGGCCUCCGACAUGGACCACGUGCUGGAUGCGGCCACCAACUGGACCUGGCUCCUCACCUGGCUGGAGCAGUCCACACUUCGCGAGGCCAUUGAGGCCGGCAGGGAUCCCAGACCAUCUCACUGCGCCUCCAAGUAUCCUUACUGCAGAUGGGCGGCACCGGAGGAGCGAAUCCUGCAACUGCUGCAAAACCACGUGAUGUUCAAGUGA